AGCCCGCAUUUCUGUUAACACGCAGUUGUUGAGGAUUUAACAUCACUGUCCGUGGAAUGUCGACGAGGACAUUGGCUGCGUGUUCAUAUUGAACAUAAUAGUUCCGACAGGACGUGAAAGCAACAUUUGUUACAAGGUGUCAUGGCGCAGGAGAGACGAGAGAUAUGCGGCGUCAAACUUUAAUUUCAGCUCGUUUCGUUCGGUGUUAGCGCGAUAUACCUCAUCGAUUUAAUAACAUUUAGAGAAGGCAAUUACGGCAUUCUGAGCGCAACCAGCAGAUACUGAGACACCCAGAGAGAGAGGAGAGAUGGAAAAGCCAGUGUUGCAGACACAACCAUCCACUUUGCCUUUUUUUGACACAGCUCAUGCCUUCAAUCUGCUGAGGGGAAUCCAUGAGCUUCGUGCUGAAAGGAAGUUUUUUGAUGUGACUCUAUGUGCCGAGGGCCAUGAGUUUCACUGCCACCGCACGGUGUUGGCCGCUGCCAGCACCUACUUCCGGGCUAUGUUCACUGGAAUGCUAAGGGAGAGCGUUAUGGACCGGGUAGUUCUCCACGAGGUGUCAGCUGAGCUUUUAGGCCUCCUGGUGGACUUCUGCUACACAGGACGGGUCACUGUUACUCAGGAUAAUGUGGACCUCCUGUUGAAGACGGCUGAUCUGUUUCAGUUUCCCUCGGUCAAAGAGGCCUGCUGCGCUUUUCUGGAGCAGCGGCUGGAUGUUUCCAACUGCUUGGAGAUCCAGGACUUUGCAGAGGCUUAUGCUUGCAGAGAGCUGGCGACCAGUGCUCGCCGCUUUGUCCUCAGAAAUAUAAUGGAGCUGGCUAAAGGGACAGACUUUGAGCGAUUACCUUGGAAGCGCCUGCUUGAGUUUGUGUCAGAUGACGAGCUUUGUGUGGACAAGGAGGAGACAGUUUAUCAUAUCGCAGUGCGCUGGGUAAAGGCUGAUCUCCAGCGGAGGCUGCACUACUGGCCCGAGCUUCUCCAGCAGGUCCGACUCCCCUUCGUCAGGAGGUUCUUUCUCUUGGCCCAUGUAGAGAGUGACCCACUCGUUUACCUUUCACCCACCUGCCUCCGCAUGGUGAACGAAGCCCGUAGCUUCCAGUCCUGUGAGUAUGACCGCCAUGACAGGCCCUGCCACCGCAUGCGGCCACGGCCAUCCACGGGGUUGGCAGAAAUCCUAGUGGUGGUAGGAGGCUGUGACCAGGACUGUGAUGAGCUGGUCACAGUGGACUGUUACAACCCCCAGACUAGACAGUGGCGCUACCUGGCCGAAUUCCCUGAUCACCUCGGAGGAGGCUACAGCAUAGCUGCUCUCGGAAACGAUAUGUAUGUCACAGGUGGCUCAGAUGGCUCUCGCCUCUAUGACGGCGUGUGGCGCUACAACUCCAGCGUCAAUGAGUGGACAGAGGUGUCGCCCAUGCUGAAGGCCCGUGAGUACCACAGCUCUUGUGUGCUGAAAGACCAGCUGUAUGUUGUGGCAUCGGACAGCACAGAGCGCUACGAUCACGCUCUGGACUGCUGGGAGGCCUUACCAGCCAUGCUGCAUCCCAUGGACAACUGCUCUACCACCACAUGCAAUGGACGCCUGUAUGCUAUAGGCUGCCUGACCGGAGAAGACACCAUGGCCAUCCAGAGCUAUGACGCAGACACCAACCUCUGGUCCAUGGUUAACUGUGGACAGCUGCCCCCAUGGUCCUUCACGCCGAAAACUGUGACCCUCGACGGCCUCAUCUACUUUGUCAGGGAUGACUCAGCUGAGGUGGAUGUUUACAACCCUCAUAAGAGCGAAUGGGACAAAAUUAGUCCGAUGACCCAGGUCCACGUUGGAGGCAGUGUGGCAGCCCUGGGUGGUAAAUUAUACGUGUCUGGUGGGUAUGACAAUACGUUUGAACUGUCAGAUGUGGUGGAAGCCUACGACCCCACCACCCGCACGUGGACCCUUGCUGGAUGUCUGCCUCAGCCGACCUUCUGGCACGGCAGUGUUAGCAUAUUCCGUCAGUUCAUGCCUCUAGUGUCCAGCGCUUUUGAACCCACUGACAUAGCUGAGUCGAAUGGCAUUUACCUGCGCCGACACCAGCGUCACCAGGCGCUCCACAAUCUCAACAACAAUCUCAAUCAGAACCAGGAUGUGAACCCAGCGCACUGAGUUUGGACCUAGAAAUCCCAGCCACUCAUGUUGAGUCCGUUCCCACUCCUUGUGCCAUCAGUAGUUUACUGUGAAUUUACCUCAUCACAAGGCUGUUGAAUGCAGAAGACUGAGCAUGUAUACAGUAGUCUGGGCUCCUUGUAAUCCACUUCACUGCCAAGCUGUCACAUUGGUAACCACUCAAGUCUGUUGACUGGAAGGCUGCAUGAUUCUUAGCCCUGUUUGGUGGGAGAUGGGCCUGGGUGGUUCCCACAGAAAAGCUCAGGGAGGCUGCUGCUCUUUACUGGAAGUAGGGAAGGAAAGCAUAUUUGUCAAAUGUCAAGUACCGUAAAAUCCGGACUAUAAGCCGCUACUUUUUUCACAAGCUUUGAACACUGCGGCUUAAACAACGAUGCGGCUAAUUUAUGGAUUUUUACAGGCUAACGAGCUUCAUGCCGCCAAUACAUUUAGCCUCGUC